CGUGGUUCAUGCGGCUCCGACUUUGAAUUCCGACAUCGACUUCGAAUCCGAUCAAAAGCUCAAACUGAAACUCAAACUCUGACUCUGAAUCGCGGGCCUUAGUAGUAGCUGGUAGCUCUCCAUUGACAUCGCCAUCUGCGUCCCCGGUUGUAAUCAUAAAUAUAUCUACAUACAGACUGUAUGUACAUAGGCCCAGUUAGUUAGUGGUUGCUGUUGCUGUUGUGCCGUGCAUUUUCAUUUUCCCAAGAGUGUUGUUGCUGUCACAGCGUCCGCUGUUUGUAUCUUGUGAAAUGUCGAAGCCCUUGAUUUUGGCCAGGCUAUACGAUCAUUAGUCGAGCCGAAAAAACGAACGGAAAAGUGAUCUCGAAAGGAACCAAAUUUGGUAUAAAACCAUAUCUUCCCAAACGGUUUCAGAGAUAACCGGAAAAACUAUUUUUCAAAGCUACCGGGUUUUGAAAGUAACGGUAAAAACCAAGUGCCAAACGAAUCGGUUUUUGAAAGUGCCAAUUUCAAAGUGUUACAAACGCAACGGGUUUUCGAAAAAAGUAUAACCAACGAUAAAGAAAACCCCCCCCCAGUGAAGAGUGAGAAUAAAAUAUAUCCACAUCGUUAGGCGAUUGCAAAAUCGUGGCCAAAAUGUGGGUUAGGGUCUGAGCCAGAAACAAAACAAAAUCUGACAACAAAUGGACGCAAAUUCACACAUGCAGUGGCACAUAAAUUUAUGGUUGGAACUGUAACUGGGCAAAAUGCUUGGCCCGGCAACUGGUAGCAGCAGCAGUAGUAGAAGCACCACCGAACAACCCACUAAACCACCCACCACCACCCACAAACCAACCCACCGACAAAGGGAAAAAACUAACGGAAUAAUGCAACAUUAAGCAAAAUGCUGCUGGCCCUGCAAAAGCAAAGCCCCGACCAACAACAAUUUCAACCUGCCACCACCGACGUCAACAUUAGCAGCAGCAGCAACAACAGCAACAUUAGCAGCAGCAGCAACAACUGCAACUGCAACUGCAACAACAUCAACGUCACCGUUACCACGAACGUCGCCGUUGCCGUAUAAAAAUGGAACCCUCAUAUGAUCACGAACAUCCACAUCAUCUGCUAACAAAUUACAACUCUAAGAAGUACCCUCACGUGUCGCGGACUCCGGAGUACAGCCACUCCACUGGCAGCGAUUAUCCGGAGCACGGCGGCUACCUGACGGAUGGGCGUCUGAUGCACGAGGGCAACAGCGAGGCCGGGAUCUACCAUGUGCGCCAGGGCAGUGAGCACUCCUCGCCCAGUCUGCACUCGCCAGCCAUACAGAGUUCCGGAUACGAGAACGAGCACCUCAACGAGGCUGUUCUGGCGGCGCACAGCCACUCGCCCAUGCCGAUGGUGUCCAGUGCCUAUGUGGGCGGAGGCACUGCGUCCGGAUCGCUGAUCAACAGCAACAUCCCCCUGCUGGGUGGCGGCAACUCGGUGCUCAACAAGUUUCUGUCGCAUCCACACGCCGGGAUGGUGGGCGGAGGAUCCGCCUCCAUGGAGGACUGCACCUCGCACUCACCCAUCGAACCGGCGUCCAUGUGGAGCUACGACUACAAGGGCGAGCUGUGCGCCCCGAACUGUGGCUAUCUGGAGCGGCACAAGCCGCUGCCCGCCGACCUCAAGUACCGGCCCGGCGGAACCCAGUCAAAAAGUGCCAAAGAAUCGCGCAUCCGGCGGCCAAUGAACGCCUUCAUGGUCUGGGCCAAGAUCGAGCGCAAGAAGCUGGCCGACGAGAAUCCCGACCUGCAUAAUGCGGACCUCAGCAAAAUGUUAGGAAAAAAAUGGCGUUCGCUUACGCCGCAGGAUCGCAGGCCCUACGUGGAGGAGGCGGAGCGUCUGCGGGUGAUUCACAUGACGGAGCACCCGAACUACAAGUACCGACCCCGGCGGCGCAAGCAGUCCAAGCUGCGGGCCAUGCAGCCGGGUGGCAAGGAGCAGAGCGAGAGCUCACCCAAUCCGGGCACCGGUGGAUCCAAAUCGAACCCAAAGCUGGCCACGCCUCCGUUGGCCACCGCCUCCUCCAACUACACAACGCCCAGCCACGACGAAAGCACCUGCAACUCUACGAACCAGAAUCCAGGUGGUGGCCACUACGAACAGCCGCUGAAGCCCACAUACUCGCCCAGUUCGGUGGACUGCUACAGCAAUGCGGACAGCACGGAGCAGAUCGAAUCCCUGGCCGCCAAUUGUGCGCCCGCCCUGCUCAACGAGUCCACGCCCACGGGCGGUGGCUACGACAGCUCCUUGUUGCUGAAGAAGCUAACGAAGCCAUCGCCUAGUCGAGCGGCCAAGUCGCGCCAGGAGAAGCUCUCCAAGUCGGAGGAGAAGAGCAAGGGUCAGUCGCAGGGGCAAUCACAGCAGAGUCUGUAUGCCGCCUCCUAUCCACUGGCACCCACAUCCGUGGCCGUGGUGGCAGCCCGGGGAAUGUACGUGACGUGCAACAAUCGUGGAUUGCUAGAUCAUGGUCACUCCGUCAAGGGCACCUUCUAUCCCCCGGUUUCCGUUUCCGAGGAGGACAGCAGCUCCUCGAUGCGAAAUAGCAUAAGUGCUAUGCAGCAGCAGCAGCAGCAGCACUGUAAUCUGGCCACGACCACACCCUCCAGCUCCGCCGGUCCCAUUUCCUCCAGCGAGAUGAGCAGCUACACGGUCUCCAUGGCGGACAACUGCGGCAACCUGAGGCUCAGCAUGAAUGAGCUUUCCGGCAAUGAGUACUCCCUGCCCAGCGCCAAUGCCUAUGGGAUGCAGUACGAGGAUUUCCUGCGCUAUCAGAGCAACGAUCUGGACUACUCGACGUCGUCGGCGGUGGAGCACAAGGAACCCUCGCCGGAGGCGGCGAGUGGCCAGAAGUGCCUCAAAUACCCGGACACGAAUCAGAACUACGAUGACUACGAGGCGGAGGCCUAUAGUAACGCCAUGCUGCCGGCCACGGCGGCCAGCUACUACACCCAACUUCCGUAUCCGCCCACUUCCCUCACCGCCUUCCCCCUCCAGCUGGCUGUGCCGUUCCAGCAGACAGGAGCAGCGGGUGCCUACGGAGCUCAGCCCAUGCAGGGGGGCUACCUGCACUACGGGAACUAUGGAGGCUACGAGGGAAUGGGUGCCCAGCCGCAGACCCAAAGCCAAGCGCCCGUCCAGCAGCAACAGGCCUCGCACUCGGCUCCGCCUUCCCUGUCAGCGAUCCCAGCUCCCAACCAGACGGUGACCUCGAAUCCGGCUGCCAUGCAGCAGCAUCAUCACCAUCACUUUGGACCUGGACCCGGAAUGGUGGGCGUAGGCGUGGGCGUGGGAGUCGGGGAGAUGCUCUUCGAGCAGCAGCAGCGCAAAGACGAUGAGAUUAGCAACAUUUUGGCGGGAGUGCGCAAGACCUGCUACAGCAACUGACUCUGAUCGGAGGUUUGUAAUUUUGGUAACUAGAGUUUAGAGAGUGGUUUAGGUAGUCUUAAGAUUGACCCCGCGCACCCACAAUGUUCUUCCAGCCCCCCGUCCCUAGAGCCUAGACCUAGAACUCUUUG